CAUUUACACUUCAGCAACUACGGAGGCAGGUGUGCCUUUUCGCUCCAUCGGAACUGCUUCGGUCCUUCGGCAUUCUCCUAUAUUUCGACCAGAAAAAAAGAGCUAACUAUAGUUACCUAGCUAGCCACGUACAAGCAGUAAAAUUUCCACCGCGUCCAGUUGGCUUAUUUUAAGUUUCUCUUUUCUAACGGGGCUAACGGCUAAUGCUAGCAUUUUAACGAGCGGCCAUUUUGCCAAGUUGUGCGUCGUCGUUUGCCCUCAGGAUAACUUCGCAUUUGUGUCGUCGUUAAAUAACGCUUCGCUUUAGUCCCCGCGCAAUUUUAAGAUCAAGCGAGCGUCUGCGAGGCGAAAGACGAUGUCCAAAUUGCUGAACUUUAAGGUGAUGGACCCGUCAUGUAUGUGGGCACGGCUGGAUGGUCCCGUCGGGACGGAGACGCUUGACAAGCAGCACUACGACGAGCUUUUCAAACGCAUGAAUGUUUUCUACGACGACGUCUCCGGCGACGCGUGCACGGCGAUGCCCGCCUCACUAGUCGUGGGACAGGUGUGUGCGGUGUACUGGUCCCAGAUGAAGACGUGGUGCCGUGCCUGGCUGGAGUCCAUCAUCUCAGACUCGGAUGCGUCCUAUGCUUGCUGUUACCUGGUGGACCACGGAGAACCGCUGGUUGUCCUCUUCAACAAAAUCCAAUGUGUCGAGCAGGAGUUCCUCCAGCUGCCAUUCAUGAUGCGGAGGUUCCACCUGGCGAGGGUCAAGCCGCUGACGCUGCAAGUGUCUGUUUCCGAGAAGGCCAAGCUCGCGCCGUCCAGCCACUGGGACAGCUCGGCCACGUCUUACUUGUACCACCUUUUCAAAACGUCGAGUCAGGUGGAGGCCGUGGUCCUGCAGGAUGAGUCCCAGUCCGCCGCCAUCGAGCUCUACAUAAGUGUCAACGGUGUCAAGAUUUGUGUGAAUGAUGAGCUGGUGGCCAAGAGGUUUGCAAUUUACAGCCAAGACGUGUCCGACAGCAGCAAGCUGGAGCAGCUCAAUAUUCAGCAUUUUAGGUUUCCGCGCCGCGGCCUCAAAGCACCUCCCUGGAAGCCGCCAGCACGGACCGCGUCCGCUCCGGUGUCACGAACACAAGUGGAAACUUCGUCCACUCCAGUGAUUCAGCAUGCGGGACUGCGACCAUGCGAUCGAAUGCCAGCGACCUCUCAGAGCCCUGAGUGUGAGGGAGGCAUCAGUUCAAAGGUCACAGACGGACACGUGUUAACGGGAAACCACUCACAGAGUGACUUAUUAGAGGAUUCCGAUGCCUCCCUGGCCACCGCGUUCAAUUCCCACCUCGCUUUGUUCAGGUUCAUGAGGUUCCUCAAUCCCGAAUGCACCGUUGAGGCCGAGACAAGUGCGAGUCGACCCGAGGAGCUGACCCAAUGUUCGCCUCCACAUUCUUCCAGCUCGUCCAGCACAGGACAGGAAGUCGGGCCGGCUCCCGAACAAUCGGAUGCGAUGAAGCUGGAAGACGACAAGUGGGCUCGCACAAGACUUUUGGAGUGGCUGAAUCCAAAGUCUCUGAAAUUUCAUUCAGAUGAUGAUGAAUGUGAUCCGGUCCUUCCCAUAAAUCCGAAGAUAUGUGACAUUCUGGUUCACUCGAGCCUCCCGACGGAGCCAUUUUCAAGCCUGGAUGACGCCCCCAUCACUGACAACUUCCGCAGGAUGUUGCAGAGGAAGCAGUUCUGCCCGUCUCCUGUGGACCUUGUGGCCUGGCCCGCCGUGGCUCGAGGAAACAACACCGUUGUCAUUUCGCCCACCGCUGACCAGCCUCACGGCUACUUGGCCCCCUUCCUCAGUCAUAUGCUGCUCAGCACCAUCUUCACCAUCUCCUCAUCCAGAGUGGGACCGUUAGCAGUGGUGCUGUGUCCCGGCUGGGAGAAGGUCCACCUGCUGUGCGACCUUCUUAAGGAGGGCCAGGUUUCCCGGAGCCUCAACCCGGCCGGUGUGCUGAAUGGCGGUGCCAAAGACGUCAAUAUUCCUAAAGACUGCCUGCUGUUGGUGACGACUCCCUUCAGUCUUGUGCGUCUGCUGUCACGUCACUGCUUCCUGUUCCUGCGUUUACGCCACCUUGUGCUCGAUGAAGCCGACCAGCUCUUUGCGUUGGCUCCAGACCAGAUGGAGACCAUCUUGCAGCAUUUUCAGAAGGUCAUCUCCCGCCAGGAAAUGUCGUCGUGCCCGCAGCAGCUGGUCGCUUCGGCCAAGCGGUGGACGGCUCAAAUGGAGGCUCUGAUUGCCAAUCACAUGCCCGACGCUUGCACGGUCAUCGCAGCUCCCGAAGAAGCGGCCCUCUAUGGAAACGUGCAGCAGGUUGUCCUCAUGACCUUGGAGAGCAGCAAGAUCGCCACGCUGUUGAGCGUGAUGGACUUCUGCCCUGAUGUGGGCCAGAAGACCGUCAUCAUCUGCAACACCGCUGCAGAGGUUGAAGAUGUCCACAAGGCUGUGAGCAGUAAAUCGGGUUUCUGUAUGAAGACUCACGAGGGUUUAACGCACACCGUUGACUUUGUGCUGCAGCAGUGGGCCAAAUGCAUCAGACCCGGCACGAACGUCAUUCUGGUCAUCACCAAUGAGUGCCUGAGCUGUUUAGGGCUGACAGACGCUACCUGUGUGGUCCAUUUUGCCUUCCCAAGUUCACCCAAAACGUUUGGAAGCCGACUCUUCUGCAUGAGUAGCCACUUCCGAAAUCUCUCAGAGCCUAGCUCAACGGCGAGAGUUUCUCAAGUCUGCAAGUCCUUGCUGCUGGUCUCUGAGAGAAACGCGCGGCACGUCGUCGGCCUGGUCCGCUACCUGAAACGAAGCCGUGCUCCGCUACCCGCGGAGCUGCUGGCUUUCGCAGAAGCGGCCCGCGAGGUCCAAGAGGAGGACAAGACUGACCGGCCCUUCUGUCACUACCUGAAAAGUUUUGGAGUGUGCAGGUUCAGCAGGUGUCCGGACCGUCACAGGCUCGUUUCUCAGCUGGAUCAAUCCAAUCUUCCUGCUUCUGGAUUCAUAGAGGUGUUGCCUCUCUACGUCAAGACGGCCUCAGUCUUCUGUGGUCGGAUAGUCCGGGAGGAGGAUGGCGUGUUUGACCGCAUGAUGGCUGACAUGACGUCUUACUAUGCCGACUGCCAGCCGCUCUCUGAGGAGCUACGAGAAGGAGGCUUGUAUGCUGUGCAGGAAGACCAAGACUUCCACAGGGUGAAGGUCAUAACUGUCCCCGAUGCCAAAGACCGCCCAUUUUUCGGCGUCCUUGUUCGCUUCAUUGAUGUCGGAAAAGAGAAAGAAGUCAACUCCUGCCAGAUCCUGCGGCUGCCGGACGAGUUCCGCACUGUGCCCGGCCAGGCUGUAGAGAUGAUUGUGUGCCAGGUGAAGCCCGGCGACGCCGAGGCCGACUGGCAUCCAAAGGUGACCCGAGCCGUCAGCCAGAAGAUUGUCGGUGUCAGGCACAGAGCCAGAGCCGCCCACAGUCUGGGAAACGCGGUCUUCCUGGAUAUUAUGGUUCGGGAGACUCGGGUGCCCGGCAUGAAGACGGUAAUCAGCGAGUACAACGUACCGGCGCUCAUUCUGAACACGGGCAUGGCCGAGCGAAACCCGGGCCACCUGGACCAGCUGAAGGCGCUCAGUCUCACUCGCGGGAAUCGAACCAGCGACCCUCCGGUGGAGCCAGAGUCCUUACAGAUUAGCAAUUUAUCCACCAUCCGAAACAAAGCAGUGGAAGGAGUCAAGGAGCUUGAAGUACCAGAACAUCAAGCACUUCCUCUUCGUCAGGAAGCAGACGAAAAGACAAACAUCCAAAGUUCUUCCCAUAUCAGCAGCGGAACUGAAAUCAACCAGACAACGAACCAGCCUCCGCAUCUAAACAUCUUCGAAGAUGGUGAUCCCGCCGGUGAUGACCGAAACGACGAGGUGCUCGUCGCGUGCCGCGCAGACGUGACAAAGAAUCUGCACCCUCAGGUCCGCUGGUACCAGACGUCCACGUCGUUGAGCGUCACGCUGAAGCUGAGGGACCCGCAGGGUCAGCGCUGCGACUUCCACCCCGACCGGGCGGUCUACAGCGGAAGCGUGGACGGCCGCCGCUACAGAGCAGAUCUGGAUCUCUACGCGGGCGUGUUGGCCGAGCGCUGCCGCUGGGAGCUCAAGUGCGGCGAGCCCGUCCUGGCGCUGGUCAAACGGGAGUGCGGCUACUGGCCCGCGCUUCUCAGGAGCAAGAACAAAUUUGUGAGUUACGACGUGGACCACCUGGAGGAGGAAGACGACGUUUCGACUCAUAGUGUCGCGUUUCUGGGCGACACGGGAGAAGAAUUCCAUUUUGUCGACACAGACAGCAGCACCGACAGCGACUCCGCGUGCUGAGUUUUAUGCUGCAAGGAGACCUCCACCAAACCUUUUGGUGACCGCGCUCGUGUCACAACAAGACGUUUUCAUUCCAGACGUCCUCCAAAAGGCACCAAAGCCGGAAGAAACAAAAUAUGGACCGGGACGCAACAUGGGCGCCAUGUUUUAACCCGGCACUCCUUUUUGUUGUAGUCCAGCAACAGUGGACGGUUUUCAAGCACGAAUGUCCUUUUUAAGGUCAUGCCACAGCAUUUCAAUCGGAUUCAAGUCCAGACUUUAACUCUGCCACUCCAUAAUUCCCCGGCCGCCCCCACCGAGCCACUCAGAAGUUGGCUUGCUUUUGCGUUUUGGAUCAAGUUCGCUUCAACAGUGGACCGAACAUUCUCCUUCAGCAUUUUCUGGUAAUGAACAGAAUUCACUGUUUCAUCAGUCGCACUAAGUCGUCCAGGCCCUGAAAGCGAAAAGCGGCCCCAGACCAUCAAACUACCACCACCGUGCUUGAAUGUUGGUAAGAUGCUGCGAGACACACGCACACACACACACACACACUUUUCAAAAAUGUUCGACUUUCAUCUGGUCAGUCCAUAGAAUAUUCCUGAAAAAGUCUUGGGAAAAAUGUUCCCUUGCCCUCUAAGUCUUUUUUUUUUGGUGUUGUUGGUUGGCCACUCCCGGGAAAAAUUCAGGAUUUAACAAGACGGUGAGCUUAUUUUUUUUUUUCCACACUAGGCCUAGAAGAUUACAAUAUUUUUUUGUUCCUGAAUAUUUCAAAGCUGCACCGGUAUUGGUUAUCUUUGUCCAAUAUUUACAAUUUGUUUGGUCAUCGUAAGAUUGAAGUGGAUGAACUGCACUAUGAAAAAAAGAAUUUGAGAAGGGAGCAAAGACUUUUUUUUUUUUUUUUUUUCCACAGGACUGCACAUUGACUAAAACAAUCCGCGAGUUGAGUGUGUGUGCGUCAGUUCUGGCUGGAGUAGCCAGUUUAUGGAUGUAUGUGUUUCUUGUUCUUUUUGUUAGUGUUUGUUCAAUAAAGUGAUUGAAAGUGCACCGGCAGCUGUGUAAAAUUGAAAUUGUUUUCUUGGAAGAUAAUUUGUGCUAUUUCCUUCCAUAUUGAAUCAUGGGCCGAGCAUAUUAAUUUAACCGUGUAGACGUAUCCAAAAUAUUAUUCGUCCAUAUUGCAUGCAAAUUCAGUUGAGUUUAUUUGUAGUGAAAACAAUGUGCUUCAGUUUUUGAUAUAUUCAAAACUAGCAAGUUUGAUCACGUAAUCCAUCUUUGCAUUCAUUGUAAUUGCUUGGAUAAAACUUCACAUUAAACGUUUUUGCUGCA